AACUAAUUCAAACAAAUGAAUGAAUACAGACCGAGUCUGUGUACAAUUUACUCGUACUUCCUUCGCUAUCCGUAAGUUGCCGCUCCGCUGCUGUUAAUUUACGAAAUAAAAAAUACAGUGUAUCUUUUCGCAAGUUUAUUUCUCGAAGUAAUCCGUCCAGAAAUAACAUGAACGGUCCCGAAGGACCAUCUCGAUGCUGCGAUGAUGGAUGCAAGAAUCUGAACAAUACACAGGCAGCCAUGGAGCGUCUAGGAAUGGAAGAAUCUCCUGGCUGUGAAGCCAGCCCUGCUGGCGAAGUGAAGUUGAACAGCAAGAGGUUCGGAAGAGGAGCUGUGGAGUCAGGUUUGACCCACGAGUGCGGAGUCUUCGGCGCCAUCAGCACCGGGGACUGGCCCACUCAGGUCGACAUCCCACAGGUCAUAUGUCUAGGAUUAGUCGCAUUGCAACACAGAGGACAAGAGUCAGCGGGUAUCGUGACGUCAGAGGGUAAGAGUGCGCGCACGUUUAACACACACAAAGGAAUGGGUCUCGUCAACAAUAUAUUUAAUGAUGAAGCCAUGAAGAAACUCAAAGGGAACCUUGGCAUUGGACACACUAGGUACUCGACAUCGGCCGCGUCGGAGGAGGUGAACUGUCAGCCCUUCGUAGUCCACACCGCGCACGGGGCACUCGCCGUCGCUCACAACGGAGAACUUGUCAACUGCAGCAGUCUUAGGAAGAUGGUGUUAGGUCGUGGAGUAGGUCUGUCAACUCACUCGGACUCAGAGCUGAUCACACAAGCACUGUGCCUCAACCCACCCGAGGGGGAGACCAACGGACCCGACUGGCCUGCGCGUAUUAACCAUCUUAUGAGGCUGGCACCUCUAAGUUACUCUCUCGUUAUAAUGCUGAAGGACAAGAUCUAUGCAGUCCGCGACCCCUACGGUAAUCGACCGCUAUGUCUCGGCAAGAUCCUGCCUCUUGGCUCCUCAUAUGUCUACAAACAGUCGUCGGCGCAGCAUGCCGCGGUUUUAAUGAACGGUUGUGCGAAGAACGGCGUGGACGACAGAGCUGAAGGAUGGGUGGUGUCCUCAGAGUCUUGUGGAUUCCUCUCUAUCGGUGCUCGUUAUGUCCGUGAAGUGUUGCCGGGAGAGAUAAUAGAAAUGUCCCGGCAUGGGAUUAGAACAGUGGAUGUAGUGGAGAGACCUGCCGACAAACAACAAGCUUUCUGCAUAUUUGAAUACGUAUACUUCGCGAGGGCAGACAGUAUCUUUGAAGGUCAGAUGGUAUACUCAGCGCGCAUGCAGUGCGGGCGCAUGUUGGCGCGCGAGUCUGCCGUGGACGCCGACAUCGUGUCGUCCGUGCCCGAGUCCGGCACUGCCGCCGCGCACGGAUACGCGCGACAGUCCGGUAUCCCCUUCAUGGAAGUCCUCUGCAAGAACCGUUACGUAGGUCGCACCUUCAUCCAGCCGUCCACCCGCCUGCGUCAGCUCGGUGUUGCCAAGAAGUUCGGCGCACUCUCGGAGAACGUGCGAGGGAAGAGGAUCGUACUCAUUGACGACUCCAUCGUCAGAGGAAACACUAUCGGACCUAUUAUUAAGCUGCUGAGAGAUGCGGGAGCUGCUGAGGUACACAUAAGGAUAGCAUCUCCUCCACUGAAAUACCCGUGCUACAUGGGCAUCAACAUCCCCACGCGAGAGGAACUCAUCGCCAACAAGAUGGACACCUUCAAACUCGCUGAGCAUGUUGGUGCGGACAGUCUAGAAUACUUAAGCGUAGAAGGCCUAGUUUCGGCAGUGCACUACAAUAUGAAGACUAACCCCAAUGAUGGACUCGGAGGUCACUGUACUGCCUGCCUCACUGGGGAGUACCCUGGCGGAGUGCCGGACGACGACUGGUGAAUGUAAACGAUCUGCUGCAUGGUGAUUGGUGAUGAAUGAAUGGUGAUUUGCACGAUUCGAUUUUCUUUUUAUUUAGUUUUUCCGUGAAUGUAGAUGGUUUGUGCAGGCCAAAUUUUGUUAUAGUAACAAGUUAUUUUAUAUUUUGUAAACAUUUGUGAACAAGAAUUAAAAAAUAUACUUUCGUUACUAUUUAAAAAAAUUAUCACAUAAUUUCUAGAAUUUGUACUCAAAACACAUUUUGUUGUACAAAAAUAAGCCUUAAAAUCGAUAUUAAUCGGUAGCCUUCAACUCUAAAAAAGCCGUUUAUAUUCACGUAAGAAUAAAAGUAUUGUAUACAGAAGCUAAAAACAACAUUGUGUUUGUUUGUAAAUUGUAACUAAACGGAGUAAAUCUUACAAUAAAAUUAUUGUAAAAGAUAUUCUUUAAAGUACUAUUUUGCAUUUGUAUGGGGUAUAUAUGGAAUGGAACAUUUGUUUUAGCUUACAAAGUAGAUUGUAAUCUAAUUUACUAUAGGUACUUUAUUUACUGAAUAUUUUUAAAAUAUAUUUUUAAAAUUGUCGAAUAUUAUUAUAAAAUGUAAUUUAUGAAGUUUUGUUAGGGUUAGGUAUGCCGUUAGUGCCUUAUGUUUUUAUUUUGGAGAUGAUUGUCGUAGAUUUUUAAUAAUAGUGCAGUGUCAUGAAGGAUUUUCAAUAACAAUACAGAAUAAUGGUGGAUUUUUCCUAUACUUAAACUGUCAAACACCAAGCGGUCACCGGUGACCGCAACCUAUUGUUCUAUAAUUGUGUCUAUAAUGACGGUACUCGACGAGUUAAAAUUUAUUGAAGAAAACUAUACUUUCUCUUGAAUAUAUUAUAAGCUAAAAUCGAUUGGGUCAUUCUCAAAAAAAAAACCUAUUUAAUAAUUUUGAUACUACAUACUAAGAUUUUUAAUCAAAUACGUUAUUGGAAAUUAUUAUAAAUCUAUGAUGAAAAGUCUCCAUCAAAAAAAUCUUCAAACAUUCUCAAAUAAUUGUGCAUUUCAUUCGAAUUAUACCUCGAAUUUUAGUAAUAAAUUAUAUUUAGAGCAACGUCGUGCUGGCUACGACGAUAUUUUACUAAUUUUAAUUCUACACUAUCAAUUAUAUAGAUUAAGUAGAUAUUUUUUUAUUAAAAAGAAAAACUAUAUUUUUCAAAACAUUCCUAUGGAUAGACACAUAUUCUUUAUAUUUUAUGGAAAAACGUAAAAUAAAUCAUAGUUUUUUUUUAUUAUUGGAUUGAUUUGUGUCCAAAAUCUUAAUCGAUAUUUUCGUAAGAAUAUAUCAGUUUUCAUGAUAAAAAUUCUCGAAUCCAAUUUAUUUAAUAUAAGUAGUUAAAUAAGAUCUUUGUCCUUUUAACUAUAAGUUAGAUUAUUGUUAAAACGGGGACCAAUAUAUUUUGUUAUUACAAAAAAUUCGUCACAUUUUUAAAAGACACGAUGAUACUGUAAUUCUAAGACUAUGUGUAAUGUUCCUAAGCAAAUAAAAAAAAUUACAAAAAAAAACAUACAGUGGACCUCACUAAACGUAGGAACUGAGGUCAUAUUGUCUAAGUACUGUUUUAAAAGAAAAAAAAAAGAAACUAUCAAUGUUAAAAAAUUGUCGAGAAUUGUAAGUGUACUUUACAUAAAUGUUUUUUUCUACA